ACAAUCUGAGUGGUAGAACGGUGCGAUUUGACCGCAGUGGACACGCAGAAUAAGGUGGACAUCUUCAUGGCUUCACCUCUGAAAGCGGGCUUUCACAGACUGGAGAUCCAGAAUACAAUAUGGGACGUUCCAGACCGAUACACGUCACUCAAGCCCGUGGGCUCUGGAGCCUAUGGGACAGUUUGUUUUGCAACUGACCACAAGACUAAGGAAAAGGUGGCCAUUAAGAAGCUAUACAGACCAUUCCAGUCUCUGAUUCAUGCUAAACGUGCAUACAGAGAACUCCAGCUGCUCCGUCACAUCCAACAUGACAAUGUGAUCCGCCUUCUCUUUGUCUUCACCCCUGAUUCCUCGCUGGAGAAAUUUGAUACUUUCUAUAUAGUCAUGCCAUUUGUGGCUCAGGAUCUUGGCAACAUCAUGAAGAGGAAACAAUUAUCCAGCAAAGUCAUCACGUACCUCUUCUAUCAGAUUCUCAGAGGACUCAAGUAUAUUCAUUCUGCUGGGAUCAUUCAUCGGGAUCUUAAGCCUAGUAACCUUGCAGUGGAUGAAAACUGUGAAUUGAAGAUCCUGGACUUUGGACUUGCAAGACACACGGAAACAGAGAUGACAGGUUAUGUGGUAACACGCUGGUACAGAUCCCCUGAGGUCAUUUUCAACUGGAUGCAUUAUACUCAGACAGUUGAUAUAUGGUCUGCUGGCUGCAUCCUGGCAGAGAUGAUAACUGGAGAGGUGCUUUUCCCAGGCAAUGACAGUAUUGACCAGCUGAAGAAGAUCCUGAACCUAACAGGCACACCAAACUCAACCCUUGUUCAGAAAAUGCAAAGCAAAGAUGCUCAGUCAUAUGUCCGGUCACUCCCAGUACAAAGGAAAAAGGCUUUCAAAGACGUCUUUCCUGCUAUGAAUCCUAGUGCGAUCGAUCUGUUGGAAGACAUGCUGGUUUUGGAUCCGGAGGUCAGAAUUACGGCAAAAGAUGGCCUGUCACACCCAUAUCUCUCUGAGUUUCAUGACCCUGAAAACGAGCCUGUGUCACCUCCAUAUGAUGAUUCUUUUGAGAGUCUAGAGCUGGCCAUCAGUGAAUGGAAGAGCCUUAUCCACAUGGAGAUCAUGACAUUUGACACAGACAACCCUAGAGUGACUGCAAUGUAACACUUCUUCACAUUGGAAGAGCAACACUCCAAAGAUUUACAGACACUGUUCGAACUAUUGAUUUUUUAUUUUUUUUUAAUCAAACACUGUUAGGUAGCUAUCUUUAAAGCCAAUAAGUAUUGACUAAGUGUGUGAAACACCUUUUAAAGCAUUUUAAAACAUUUUAAAUAUUUUACGAUAAUAGUGUACUGAUGAGAGAUAAAAGCAUAAAUGUGAUUUUUUUGUGUGUUGUAUGCCUUUUCCUUUUCUCAAUAUUGAUCUAAUUAAGAAGCAAUUUCAUAUCCCCAAGUGCUGCUUUUAUGAAACUGUUACUCUCUUUUAUGAAACCUGUCUAAAAUAAUUAAUGACACAAAAUGUGGAAAUUCAUUAAAAGCCACCUUUUUGCUUAAA